AUGGAGCCUGGCGAGCCCCCAAAGCGGGCCGAGGGGCGCAGAGGAACUGCCCACAGCACACGAGGACAAAGCCAUGGGGACGUCCACCUCUACGCCAGUCCGCACGCCUACCAGCAUCUUUCAGCACUGCUGCUGAAGAGGAAAAGACACCUCUUGGCCCGGGAAAGGCCCCAAAGCAGCGGCGCCGGCUCGCACUUCGCCAAGGACGGGUUCUCCUUGCCUUUCACCGGCUGCCACACCACGUUUCGUGAGCCCUGCCUCCACGAAAUUCGCUCCUCGGACAAGCUGGAUGGGACACUGCAAAUAAAUGGUCUGGUAGGCAUCCUGGGACGCACCAGCGCGCGGGGCUACCGCGCCGCGCUCUGCACCGAGCUGGGCCAGCCCCUGCAGCUGCGGGAUGUCCCCUCGCCUCCCCUGCGGCCCCACCAGCACUUCUGCUGUUGCUUGAAUGGAAAGAUUUAUGUUUGUCUCCUUCUCUUCUUGCAGGUCCGCGUGGGUGUGCAUUACUGUGGGUUAAAUUUUGCAGAUAUUUUGGCCUGCCAGGGUUUGUAUCAGGAAAAACAUGCUCUUCCAUUCACUCCUGGAAUGGAGUUUUCAGGGACAGUCCUGGAGACAGGAGAAAAUGUGAGGACCGUGAAGGAGGGAUGCCAAGUCGUUGGUGUGACUGGCACAGCCGCGAUGGCAGAGGAGUGUGUCGCUGACCAGAAGAUGCUGUGGCGGGUCCCCGAAGGGGUGUCCCACGAGGAUGCCGCGGUGAUGCCCAUCACCUAUGGCACAGCCACGGUGGUUCUCCAGCACCGGGCGCGCGUCCAGCUGGGGGAAACCGUUCUGGUGACGGCAGGAGCUGGGGCUACAGGACUUGCACUGAUUGAUCUGGCUGUCAAUGUUUUCAAGGCAAAGGUGAUAGCAGCAGCUGGCAGUGAUGCCAAAUGUGAGCUGGCUCUGAAGAGAGGCGCGAGCCACAGCGUGAACUACAGCCGGAGCAACCUGAGGGAUGAAGUGAAACGACUCACAGAUGGCAGAGGGGCCAAUGUGGCCAUCGAGGCUGUUGGCGGGGACAUCUUCAAGGCAGCCCUGCAAAGUUUGGCUUGGGAGGGCAGGAUUGUUGUGAUGGGUUUUGCUGGAGGAAAAAUCCCCUCGAUUCCUGCUAACUUGCUGCUUCUGAAGAAUGUGUCUGCCAUGGGAGUGUAUUGGACUCGGUACCAGGAGGAGGACUUCCCUGUCUUCUCUUCCACUAUGUCUUCUGCUCUUCAGUAUUGCCAGGAGGGAAAGAUCCAUCCUCACAUUGGAGCAGUCUUCAAACUGGAAGAGGUAAAUGAAGCUUUUAACCACGUGCUCCAGCGCAAGUCCACAGGAAAGGUCAUCAUCUCCAUGAAGUAAAUCAGCACUGUCCGUGGGACUUGGCCUUCUGCUCUUUU